CGGUGACGAAGUUGAGAAGUGUCGAUGUGUUGUUUUUCUCGGUUUCGUAUCUUCCAAAUUCUUCACAACAUCUGAAACUGCAAAGACGGAAUCGAAAAUGUCGCAGAUCAAGCAAUACAAGGUUACCGAGCCCUGGCUCAAGACUUCAUGUGGUCUUGGUGAGGCUCCUUUCUGGGACAAGAAGAGCAACACGCUGCGCUUCCUCGACAUCAUCAAGAAGCAACUACAUGUCGUGAACCUCAACGAAGGACCUUCGUCACACAAGACAAUUGACCUUCCUUUCUCAAUUGGUUGCACUGCCAACAUUGAGGGUAACGAUGAUGAGUUCAUCUUUGGUGGAAAGGACGGCUACGGUAUUGCAAACAAGAAGACUGGAGAGCCAAGAUACAUCAAGAAGUUUUGGUCGGAUGAGGAGGUGCAAAGCGGCAGGGCACAUCGCUCACGCAGCAACGAUGGCUCGGUCGACAGCCAUGGCAGAUUCUACGUCGGCACCAUGAACGAUCCAACCAUUGUAGGCGAGCCUGGUCCAGAGGGCGUUUUAUUCAGACUGGACCCAGACCUCAGUCUCCACAGAAUCAAGGAACCUGUCACCAUUCCAAAUGGAAUGUCAUGGACCUUGGACAACAAGACCAUGUACAUCACUGACUCGCCCACUGGCAAGAUCGAAGCCUACGAUUACAACGUAAACACAGGCAAGAUCGAACUUACGGCUGGACGCCCCUUUUUCGAAUGUCCGAUCGAGGGCGGUGUUCCAGAUGGUCACUGUCAGGACGCCCAGGGUCACUUCUGGGUUGCCCUAUUCGGGACAAGCAAGGUCGUACGGGUGAGCCCAGCAGGCGAUAUCGUGGCAGAGAUCACGCUACCAACACGUUGCGUUACUUGCCCUGGGAUCUGUGGAGAAGAUCUUUACAUUACCAGCGCGGCUGAAGAGGAUCCAGACAAGUAUCCAGAGAGCGCAAAACUUCAAGGAGCCACAUUCAAGGUUCCGAUCGGUGUCACGGCCGCUCCCAUCAACGAGUUCAAGAUGUCGGCAAAGGCAUGAUAGAUCCAUGUGAACAGCGGUUUGGGGAGGGUUCGGGGCGGUUCUAGAUUGCGAGAUUUGUGUGGAGGACGUACGACACAUUCUAGAAAUAGAAGGAGCAAAGAAUGGAGGGAUCGCUUUCUACCAUUCUAGAAGCACGGCAGGACGGGCGACUCGGGACGCCACGACGGAAACUCGCAUCUCGUCCGUGUUUCAUGAAUUGAUUCGCAAGCAUGCCUCCGCUCAGCUCGUAACUUUCAUCCAUGGCGUGCUCGGACCUGGAAGGAAUGAUAAGAGUACCAAUACUGAGCGCUUCGUAAUUUCCCACAUAUGGAUUAAUGAAAGUCAAUUCAACUGUGCCUGG